UGCUUGGGUGUGUCGCGUUAACUUUCUCAAGUUCUUCCAGAGAAGUCUCACCGUCGCGCAUUCCUGUCUGCCGCUCCAGGGACUCACAUCUCUCCAUAUGGAUUUCUCUAACUUUAGGCUGCCUUUGCUCAUUUUGGCCGCUCUUGGAUGCUGUUCCGAGGGCAACCCGCUUGUCACAGACAAAGCGAAAGGCGUUGUAGGUAAAAAUGUGACCUUCAAGACAACAAUCACCUCAACACAGGAUUUUAUAACCAUAACAUGGAAUUUCAACAAAGCUGAUAUAAUUACAUCGAUAAUUACACAUAUCAAAGUAUCAAACACCAUUAAAAUUGAUGAGAAAUACACCAGCAGAGUCAUCUACAAUCAAACAACAUGUGAGCUUCAGCUCGGGCCGCUGGUGAAGGAGGAUGAAGGGGAAUAUAUUCUCAGUAUAGUCAAUAUGCAAGGAACGUCACUGAAUGGACUGAUUGAUCUUGAAGUUCUUGAACCCAUAACUGAUGUCAAGAUUUCGUCCAAUCUAUCUGAACCUGUAGAGUUCAAUAGCACCGUGGUUCUUUCCUGCUCUGCCAAAGGCUCCUUUACUUACCAGUGGCUGAACGGUUCAGUCCCUUUGGUGGUGGAUGGCACACAUAUGAAACUAAAUGCAGUCGGCAAUGAGCUAACUAUCGCUGAAGUUCGCCGUACAGAUCUGCGAGGACCCAUCAUCUGCAUUGCAAAGAACCCACUGGAGUCAGGGACGAGCGCUCCCUUCAAUCUCACUGUGAGCUAUGGCCCAGAGAAUGUCGUCAUGACACAAACUCCAACAGGUUCAUUUCUCCAGAAAGGCUCUAAUUUAACCCUUGCAUGCUCAGCCCAGUCUGACCCUCCUGCUCAGCUCCAGUGGAUGUUUAAUGGCGAGGCGAUGCCUCAGAAGACCACGGCCAACAUUACCCUCACCAGUUUAGAGGAAAAACACAGUGGAAACUAUAGCUGUGUGGCCUACAAUGCAAAGACCAAUCGCUACGUUUCCUCGCAGGUCGCUGUGGUGUCUGUUCUGGAGGCCUUAUCUGGAACAAAUAUCUCCAGCUCCUUAUCACUUCUCAUCGAUGGUAACAGCACGGUCAACAUCACCUGCUCAGCAGCUGCUGGUAAAGCUGAGACUGCAGAAUGGCUGAAGGAUAGCAAACCUGUCGUUCCUAGUGACCGUGUAAUUCUCUCAGCUGACAAGAAAACUCUGACCAUUGUUAAAGUUCUUAAAGAGGAUGCUGGCAAAUACAAGUGCCAACUGAAGAACAAAGUCAACCAAGACGAAAGCACCUAUGUGAUGGUGGUCAGCUAUGGUCCAGUAGUGGUGAAAAUUGAAGGGAAGAAGGCGGUAAAGUUUGAAGAACGUGCAGUAUUAAAUUGCUCUGCAGAAUCUGUUCCUCCCAGUGUAUUCACAUGGAAGCUCAAUGAUACAUUACUGAACAUCAGCCAGCCAGACAUCAUUAUUGGCAAGGCCAGUGUCAAGGACAGUGGCAUGUACACCUGCGAGGCAUUCAACUCUAUCACAGGAAUCACGAAAAAAGAGUUACACAAUCUCGCAGUCACAGAGGUCGGUACGGUAGAUGAGGGCCUGUCUGGUGGAGCAAUUGCUGGGAUUGUAAUUGCCGUGAUUCUGGCCGUGAUCAUCAUCGUUUGUUGUGUAAAGUGCAACAAAAAGUCAAACACAGACAUUCCAUCUCCAUAUUAAAGCGAUAUGUGGCUGUGAAGUGACCUGAGCAUAUCUUCAAGAGCAACCCUUCAGCCAUUAAUCACUCAUUUUGAUCUGCAAAAACCUUCUAUCAAGGCAACUGGAAAAACUGCCCUCACAAGUGACUUAAUACUGAAGGUUUGGCCCUUUCAGGAGCUCAACGUGUUUAUAAAUGUCUAUUGUUAUACUCUGUGCAAACGUACCCCAAUCUUAAGGACACGAUAGAGGUCGACGGCAAGACCGUUUACACUUAUCUGCAUCUCUUCCUUCCUUUGGCUGAAGUGGACAGCUUCCUUUGUUCCUCAAGAAACAUGAUCCAGCCUCCAUCACCCUCUCAAUGCUUCACCUGACCGUAAACCGACAGCUCGGCUUGACAUCACAGGGGUCAGUUUGAAAGAGCUCUGUUUUGGGUAACAAAAUCCACCCUGAAAUGCACUGAGGAGUGACGAGACCAUCACGUGUUUGAGAUCUCAACGCACCCACAAGACACUGAAACAUCGAGAUUUUAAGACCCGGAUGUCCCAAGGCAAUGAAGAUAUACAGGGCCAACUUGACUUGAAGCUGAAGACUCUGCUGAGCUGUCGAUGGAAGGUCAUCCAUGGCAAAGUGUGCCUUUGAGAUUAAAAGCUUCUUACACCUUUGCCAUGGUUUGCUACACUUUUUUUAACUCCCUCGUCUGUUCCCAUGUCUCUUAGUGAGCUGUACACAUUGUAUUUUAAGAGUAAGGCGAGAUCCAACAUGCUUGAACUUGGGAAGCAGGGAAAAAAAUGCAUUUUUGCAGACAAUGACAUACCACAGUUUUGCAGUGAAAUUGCUACUCUGUCCGUGGGCGUCCCCACAGCCAUUCGUCCUGCUGUAAUCAGGAUUCCAGGCCUGUUUUCUAAAUCACCUUGAGUUGACAAACAUAUCUCAAGAUUAAAUCUGAAAAGUGUUAAUAUGCUGAUUUAAGCUGAUUAUUGCGUUCCGGUAUGUUAGCAUUAUUUUUUUUCUUUCUCUUAUCAUCAGAUGUCUGAUAUUGAUUCUUUCCUUCAUUGUUAAGAUUUUCUCUUUGACCAAGACAUGGAUUUCGAAGAACUUGUGUUGCUCAGAUCUCUUUAGAUAGAGAUGCAUCUAUAUAGAAUCUCAGCGUGUCUUUUCUUGUUUGUUUGUAUAAAGAGACGAAGCAGCCAUUAUUCCUGGUAUUUCCCUUUCAUUUUUUUCAUUUCUAAAUAAAUCCCUUCAUUUUUUUUUAAAUAAACUUUAUUUAAAGAUUUAUGGCUGGAAAAAAAAAGCAAAAAGCCUCUGCUCCUUUAUGGCAAAUAUAUAUUCAAAUUUAUUACAAAUAAAUAUUUGAAAUAGUAUUUGAGAAUACAUUUCUGAACAAUUAAAAGAUGUCAGAAAAAUUAACAAAUAUAUUUUUAAUACGUUUUUAGUUAAUUAUAUCUUUAUAUAUUUCUAGGACAUCUUUUGUUUUAUAUUGUAAGUCUAAAUAUAUUUUCCAUUAUAUAUUGUCCUAAAUAUAUAUAUAAAAAAUUGCAUUCACCAGAAAAUUUGGAUUGUAACAGUGUUUUUUUUUUUAAUGUCUUGCCUCUUUAAAUAUAUAAUGUAAUAUUUGAAGGUUUAAACAGAAUGUGUUUUCAAUUUGAAAAAUAUAUUUCAUUAUACUAUUCAUAUAAUAUAACAAUAUUAUAAUGUAUAAUUUGUAUAAUACAAUCUUAACAUAAAAAUAUAUUGUUUGCCAUAUGGGCUAAAUGAACAAACAUCUAAAUAUAAAAAAGAGCUUCCACUCCAGCAAGGACUAUGAGGUGAACAAUAUAAUAUUCAUGAGCUAAUCUGAUUUCUGACAUGUUCUUGCCCCUCUUUCAUUUAACACUAGAUGUACGCAGACACCAUUCAGAACCAUCUUAAUAUAUAUGUAUAUAUAUGUAAAUCGACAGCAAAAACACACUAACACAUUCAUUAAAUAUAUUUGAACUCCCUUUUAGCAUUAAAACACACAAAUAUCAUAAAAUGCUGAGCUUUAUAACCCCUUGCAAACCUGUAGACAGUUUUAUCUCUGGCAGCAUGUGUGUGUUUUUAGUGGUCUGGACUGUUGAUGUGGAGAGACCGGUAAUCAUACGAGUCUGAGCACAGAUACACUGAAUUAACGGUUAGUUUGUACUGUAACACACUGUGGAGACAGAUCUCAUCUGACAGUGUGUAGAUGGUAACGUCUUAAGCUUGUGUACUUUCUUUGCAAUAGCUAAUAUUAGGUGUUGUAUUGAAUGUGAAAUAUGUUUUUUGUAUAGGAUAGAUAGAAUUUCAAAUGCAAUUGGAUAAUGUCAAAUUUGAAAUGGAAAUUGUUUUUUUUUUUUUUUUUAAGUAAUUGUUCUUGUGCACAAAUACUGUUCGGUGCAUUAAAGUUAAUGGAAUAGUUACCAAACAACAUGUAUUUGUGAAAUGUUCUCAGGUUGUUUACUGGGUGUUUAUAUUCUCUCAAAGUGCAGUGCAGUCAUGUUUUAAAUGAUCAAUGUUUCUUUUAAUAUAAUUUAUUUUUUAAACGUUUUGCUUUUAUGUAACUGUUGUGAGUUUAAAAAAGAAUGUUUGAAAUGCCCAACUUUUUUGUGUCAUUCAUUGAUUAAUAAGAAAAUAAUAAUUGUAAGACUUGAAUCUGAUCUCUUUUUUUUUCUUACAAAAAGUUUGCUUUCGCCACAGAAUAUAAAAUAAUAAAAAUCGUAAAUUUAAAA